ACACUUGCCUAGCAUGUGUGGGGCACUGGGUUCGAUUUUCAGCACCACGUGGAAAUAAAAAAAAACUAAAGGUCUAUCAACAUCUAAAAAAUAAAAAGAUCUUAUACUCAGAAAGAGUCCACCAUACAAAAAAGGUCAAGAACCCCUGUCCUUCCCUACACAAAAUGGCAGGUGCAAGGGCUCGAAGCAGAAGCGUGUUUAUAAUGUCAAAGGAAGAGGUCACCCAGGACACUGUAAGGAACUUGGAUUUGACUGGAGUGAUAUGAAGGGGUUGUCAUUGGUAUCAUGAAUGACAUGAUCUGACACUGGAUUUUACAGGUCACUCAGCUUUCGUACAGAGAGCAGACCAAAGGAGGGAAGGCUGAAGCCGAAGGAUAUAUAUAUAGGAAGACAUGUUGUUGAUUGACCCACCAAGUGAGGGAAGAUGUUACCUUGGACCAGAGUGGCAGCGGUGGAAAUGCUCUGGUUGCUGGCAUUAGAUGUGAGAACUUUGGAGAACCCAAGUAACUAAGGAACAGCAGAACUCACCACUGAAAGAGGUGGCCCAUUUCCUGGCUCUCCCUGGAAUUCCUGCAUGGGGCAAUCACAUCUUCCCAUCUGGUGCAGUGCCAGCCACAUCUCUGAGACACAAUGGUGAAGGUCAUAGUGAAUAGAUUUGGUCGUAUUGGGUGCCUCGUCACCAGAGCUGCUUUCAACUCUGGCAAAGUGGACAUUGUUGCUAUCAAUGACCCCUUCAUUGACCUCAACUACAUGGUCUACGUGUUCCAGUAUGAUUCUACCCAUGGUAAAUUCCAUGGUACAGUCAAGACUGAGAACGGGAAGCUUGCCAUCAAUGGAAAGUCCAUCUCCAUCCGCUAGGAGCGACAUCCCGCCAACAUCAAUUGGAGUGACGCUGGUGCUGAAUAUGUUGUGGAGUCCACUGGUAUCUUCAUUACCAUGGAGAAAGCCAGGGCUCAUUUGAAGGGUGGUGUCAAAAGUGUCAUCAUCUCUGUCCCUUCUGUUGAUGCCCCCAUGUUUGUGAUAAGCGUGAACCAUGAGAAGUAUCACAACUCCCUCAAGAUUGUCAGCGAUGUCUCCUGUACUACCAACUGCUUAGCUCCCCUGGCCAAGGUCAUGCAUGACAACUUUGGCAUUGUGGAAGGACUCAUGACUACAGUCCAUGCCAUCACUGCUACUCAGAAGACUAUGGAUGGCCCCUCUGGGAAACUGUGGCAUGAUGGCCAUCGGGUUGCCCAGAAUAUCAUCCUUGCAUCCGCUGGUGCUGCCAAGGCUGUGGGCAAGGUCAUUCCUGAACUGAAUGGGAAGCCCACUGGCAAGGCUUUCUGUGUGCCCACUCCCAACAUGUCAGUUGUGGAUCUGACCUGUCGCCUGGAGAAAGCUGCCACAUACGAUGACAUUGAACUUGUGGUGAAGCAGGCAUCAGAGGGCCCCCUCAAGGGCAUCCUGAGCUACACGGAUGACCAGAUCCUCUCCUGUGAAUUUAAUAGUGAUACUCACUCUUCCACUUUUGAUGUUGGGGCCGGCAUUGCCCUCAAAGACCACUUUGUUAAGCUCGUUUCCUGGUAUGACAAUGAAUUUGGCUACAGCAACAGGGUGGUGGACCUUAUAGUCCACAGGGCCUCCAAGGAGUAAGAGCCCCUGCACCACCUGCCCCAGCAAGAACACGGGAAGAGAGAGGCGCUCAGCUGCUGGGGAGUCCCUGUCCCUAACUCAGUCCCUCAACAUGCUGAGAAUCUCCCCUCCUCCCAAUUUCUACCCCAGGUCCCCUGAAGAAGGGGGAGGAGCUGACAGGCUGAUCCUCAAAUUCAUAUGGAAAUCCAAAGGACCCAGAAUUGUCACAUACCCUGUGACCUACUGUCACAUACCAUCAAUAAAGUUCACUGCAACCAGAAAAAAAAAAAAAAAAAGAACUCUUA